UCUUUGGCUAAAUAAUAGGCGAAUCCGAUGCAUCCGUACCACUUUUAGUGUGACUUUCGUGAACUCAAGAUGUUACUCCGUCAAUUUUCAAUUGUGCUGUGCGUAAUGGCUUUGGUCCAUGCCGAUUUUAUAUCCAACCAACUCUUUUCGCUCAUUUACGGACAGAAUGAUCGGCAAAAUUUUGUCAUCUCGCCGGUGGGCGUUAGGAGCGCCCUGGCGUUGCUCUAUGCGGGUGCCAGGGGGGCGACGGCGAAUGAACUGAAGUACGCCUUGGAGCUGGUGGGGGAGACCAAGAAAGAGGCUCUGAAGGAUUUCAAAGACAUAACAUAUAAGAUAGUCAAGAAGGACACGACCAUGCGGAUACCUUUCGGAAUCUUCGUGGACACAAGCUACCCACUGAUGUCCGACUAUCAGGAAUUGGCGUACAGCACUCUGAAUACUCGGGCAGUGCACAAGAGCUUUAAGCACACAACGACAGCGGCCAAGGCGAUCAGCGUCCACACUUACUUGGAAUCGGGUUCCAAGAUAGACGAUAUUGUGAGGGACUCCGACAUUACCUCUUGGUCCAACAUGGCUCUCACCAGCGGCUUCUUUUUCCGGGGUGAAUUCGAGAAGCCCUUCCUACGGAUGAGCGAACGGCAGCCCUACGAUGUACAAGGUCGCAUCGUGCACACUACCAUGUACACGAAAUACGAUGUGCUGCGGUUCGGGACACUGCCAGAAUUGGGGGGUGCCGGCAUCGAGAUACCCUACAAGGAGGGAAAUCUAAGCCUCGUCAUUGUAAUGUCCCCGAUGAUCAACAGCUCUACGGAGUAUCAAGCAGCGCUUUUCCGGAAACAUGACCUCCUCACACUCACGGACCAUUUCACUUAUACGCGUAUUAUGAUACAAAUGCCGCAAUUCAGCAUUGACUACGAGACCAGCCUCCAUGGGCUGCUGUGGCACGGACUGGGCCUGAAUACCCUACUGCAGGAACCCGAUUUCUCCGGUCUCAGCGAGAAGCAUGACCUCCGUUUGGGGGCUUUCAAGCACAAGGGAAUCAUUGAGAUGCACGGCGGCUGCGACCGCGAAUGUCCCCUGGCGCCGAAUUAUGUCGAAAAGGGCUACGAGACGGCUUUGGCAUUCAUCGUUAAUCAGCCUUUUGUGUUUUUAAUCAAGGAUCAAAGCAAUAUCUAUUUGGCAGGUAAAUUAUUAACGCCGAUGUCAUUAUAAUGUGUUAUUCCUCCUUGGCUUUUGAAUUGCAAUACAAUAAAGUUGGAAAGGGGAAGUUCAA